AGCAGCUGCAGCUUCCUCGCCACCUGCGGGCCUGGCCCACUCACCCACUGUGCUCAACACCCCAGUGCCCAUGACCCUCUUCUCUACCUGGGAGGUGGACUGCUCCAGACCUAGCUGCGUGCCCAGAUUGUGCAGCUUAACUUUAAAGAAGCUGAUGGUCUUGAAGGAGCUGGAGAAGGAGCUCAUCUCCUUGGUGAUAGCAGUGCAGAUGCAGAGCUCCAAGGGCAUCUUGAGAUCCCACGAGAGUGUGCUGCCCAGCAGCGGACCAGUGGAGACUGACCUGGCGCUGACCUUCUCCCUGCAGUACCCCCACUUCCUCAAGAGAGAAGGCAACAAGCUGCAGAUCAUGCUGCAGCAGAGGAAGUGCAAUAACAGCCAGACCAUCCUGGGCUACAAGACACUGGCCACAAGUGCCAUUCACAUGGCCAAGGUGAUGCAGUGACCCCCUGAGUGUGGCCAGGUGCUGAGCCUCAGCAGCAGCAUCCAGGGGUCCUCCAUCACGGUGGCUGAGAUCUGGAUCUUCUCCCUGUCCAGUCAGCCCAUCGACUAUGAGGACAGCACCAUGCAGGCCAGCCCCAAGGCCAAGUCCAUGGAUAGCUACACAGAGGGGAAAUCUGAAAGCUUCACUGAGCUGGACGCCAGCUACAAUCUCACACACAGGCAGGACCUGGAAGAAGCUGACUUUGACCUGGGGCAGCCCAAGAAGCAGCAGCGAUGCAUGCAACAAAACUUGAAGCAGAAAGUCAUGGCACUGCUUCCCAGAUCCAACAUGUCAGAAGAGGUCCUGGACUCAGAUCAGGACCCUAAGGAGCAUGUCCCUGAGGUGGAGGAGGACCUGGACCUUCUCUAUGACACCCUUAAGAAUCCCAGCGACAGUGGCCCAGACAUGGAGGACGAUAGCAGCAUCCUCAGCAACAACAAGCUCAAGACCAGACAAUACUGUGAAGGCCUGGCACACUCCAGCUGGCAGACGGAGACGAGGAGCUUACACAGUGCCCGGAGGCAGAAGGAGCCUCCUCGGCCGGCCAACAUGCCCAUGAAGACCCAGGGCCCAGGUGGCAAGCUCCUGUCAAGCGACAGUGGCUCCUAUUGGGUGGCCCACAGCAUGCCCAACCCUGGGAAACAGCUGGCACAGCCUGAGGACAGCCCGGAGGCAGGGACCUCUGCCCAGGACAUGCUCACUAAGAGGCGCACCACCAAGACCGAGUCUCUGGUCAUCCCUUCCACCAGCUCCAAGGGGAAGCAGCCUGCCUGCCGGGGUUGGAGCAGGUCCCUGAAUGAGUCGUCCAACAGCCUGAUCAAGGAGCACUGUCCAGUCCCACAGAGCCAACUGCAGGUCCCCAAGAAGACUGUGUUCGACCAACUGCACCACAGCCUCAUCUCCAACGACUGUCUGCCCGAGAACAUCAUCCUCAUCAACACCUCCGACAGGCAGGGGCAGUCCCUGUCGGACGUCCUGCAGCAGCACACGCUGCCCGUCAUGUGCACCGGCUCCAUGGUGGAUGUCCAGGAGGCCUUCAGCUCCAUCAUCUCCUGGAUACAAAGAUACCGCAACUGCAAUACCGAGGCCACAAUGCCAGUGAAGGUCGCCGUGGCGGGGGAUCAGCACUACUUCAGCACCGUGCUGCGGGUCUUUGUGGAGCAGCUGUCCCACAGGGCCCCGGACUUGCUGGACUACAUGCGCUUCCUGGUCAUCCCGUUGGGUUCCCACCCCUUGGCCAGGUACCUGGGCUCCGUGGAUUGCCGCUACCACAAACUCUUACAGGACCUGGCCUGGUGGGAACUGUUCUAUCACCUGGAGGCCCAGGAUGCUGUGCAGAACAUUGUGUUGAAAAUCAGAGAGUACAUCACAGGGGCCAACUGUGUCCUCCAGCUGCCCAUCGCAGAGGCCACGCUCAUCUCUAAGCCGAAGAGUUCGGAUGAGCUGUCCUCACAGAAGUUCAUUCCCUUUGUGGGGGCAGUGAAAGUUGAAGUGGAGCCAAUUUCAGCCACGUCAGGAGACUCAGCUGAAGCGGGCCCCUGAUGCUCCAGUGUGCUUUUGUCCACCGCCAGGGAAGCCUCACACAAGCUAAUUUCCUUGUCAUUAGUGAGUGGGGGCCUGUCCUCCCCCAGCCAGAGUGUGGGUGCUGAGCUGAUGGAGCUGCAGGUGGAUUACUGGACGGCAGCCCAGCCCACAAACAGGAAGAGGAGCGGGGAGAAGGAAGACCUGCCUGCCACCAAAAACACACUCCGGUGCACCUUCCGGUCUCUCCAGGUCAGCAGGCUGCCCAGCAGCGGCGAGGCUGCAGCCACGCCCACAAUGGCCAUGACUGUGAUCACCAAGGAGAAGAAAAAGAAGGGGAAGUUUUUGUCCAAGAAAGACAAGGGCACGGACUUGGAGUCCAACAGCCAGUGCAUCCAGGGCAUCGGCCGCUUGGUCUGCUCAGCCCAGAGCCAGGAGCACAGGCAGCGGGUCCUCAUUGACGGCGUGGAGUGGAACGAUGUGACGUUCUUCCAGCUGGCAGCCCAGUGGUCCUCCCACGUCAAGCACUUCCCCAUCUGCAUCUUCGAACACAACAAUUCCACCUUCUAGCCCCGCCCCUCCCCCUGCCCUUCACCCUGCCUGGGCCAAGCCCCAGAGGACCCAGCUGCUUUCCUGUGAACAGUUCAGUUUACUACAGACACAGACCCUGGAAACACAGAGAAACUGUUUGAGUUUGAAUGCGCUCACAGCCUGGAACCUAAGGGGGUUGCCCUCACUGAGACCCCCAAAUGCUCUGUUCAAUAACCAGAACACUCCGGCAGGUGGGAGAUCAGGAGGGCAGUGUUGAGCUGGAGCAUCAUGGAAGGUGUGUUUUGGCCUCGGGAUCUCCAGCACUGUCAGUAAGAGGGCUUCUGGCCUUGGAGACCUGCCCUUUCUGGAAACCAGGGCUCUGCUUAACCCUGGGAGCUGGCACCAGCCUGUGCCCAGACUCAGAGCUGGGCAGCCAGGGGCAAAGGGCUGGCCUCCCAUUGGGGCAUCUGGAGCACAACACGGAGGCCAGCCAGCCCAGCUUUGGACCCCAGUUGCCAACCAACCAAGUGGCCCCAGCACCAUCCACUUAUGGUUCCCAGUGAACUCCUGUCUCACAGGGUGAAAUAAAAAGAGCUGUAUGGUACAGAUUACACAGGCACACGGGCUGGAUAAACCAGUGCCCUCCUUGCUGGGCAGCGACCCACCUUCGUCCCUGCUUCUUCAGGUUAUCACAGAACAUUUGCUGCCACCCAACAGGUGUUGCACCAGCUAUUUACAAGGUGAGCAACCUGCCCCUCCACAGCACAGUGGUCAUUUGGCCACUUGCUGGCUGUGAACUCUCAGAUCACUGCAUCCCUCUGAAUGUUUGUUUCUACGAACAUGAGGUGAAUCAAGGAGUAACGUCAUAGGGUUUUUGUAGGGACCCUGUAGGGUGCUCCCCUAAAGCUUUCUCUGGGUGCCCGGACAGGGGAUAGGUCCGUAGCAGGGACUGUGGUUGUGCUAAUUGGUCCCUUUUCUUCCUCAUAUGUGAUUCUUCUCAGGGCCCAGGGCUAAGCUCUUUUCUCAUGUCAUAAAGAGACUGGAGAUUCUGUUAUGGGUCCCUGUCCUGGCUGAAGCCAGAGCAGAAACCCCAGGGGUGAGCAGUGGGGCCCAGGGUCACCCAACUAUCUGUGAUGGGGCUGGUUUGGGCUCAGUCAUUCAGCAAAUAUAUCAGAGUCUUCCAGGUACAGACACGGCUCUAGGCACUGACCAUAACCCAGUGCACAGAGCAGACCCCAAGCCUGUCCUGCAGAGCUUCCCUCUAGUUGGGAGCGAUUCAGUCACACUAGGCUGCACAGGCUCGUAGUGUCCACAGGACAGUGGAUGUGACA